ACUCCUUCUUGAAGGAAGAGGGGACCUUGAAACGGCCCAACCUCCUUGCUCCAUAAUUGGUUUUAUAGCUCUGGCGAACAGCCAGUGUUUUUUUUUGUUUAACCACAGGGGACUUUUAACUGACACUCCCUACAGCCAAUCAGAGCCUAGCUAAUGGGCGGGUCUAUGACUGGGUGGUAUUGAGAGCGAGGGGCGUGGCUUACACAACAAUGCUGGGUUUCAUUGCUGAAGAGUUUACGGACGCUGUGGUUGGGGGGCUUUUCUGUCUCUCCCCAACUUCUCCCCCACUUUACCUUCGGACCAGCUUGUAAUGGACUACUCCACUACUUCCAGCAGAAACCCGGACGCAUUCUGAAGUCUUUACUUUUUUUUUGUUUGGUUUUUUUUCCAAUUCAAGUCAGCAGGAUGGCUGAGAAGGAGCCCGACUCGCCGGAGAAACUAAAGACAUUAUAGCCGGGAUUGUAGGAAUAUAGGGGGCUUGUCCGAACGGACGAUUUCUUUUAACAACUUUCCCCUCCGUGGAUAAUGGAUGGCAGAGAUUUCGGACCUCCCAGAUCCGUCCACGUACCACCUCCGCUGCUGGCGGGGAUCGCUAUGGAGUCUCACCGACUCGGAGCAGCAGCGGCAGCCGGGAGGAUCCCUCCCCCUCCCGGUCACUUGGGCGCUAGUCAUCCGCCGCCUCUCCACUCUGGAAAAUUCCUGCCAUCGGCCAUUAACCUACAUCCACACCACAGUGACACCUUCACAUCAGGCUCCAGUCCCUUCCUGUCAGGUUAUCAAGGCCCUUCCCCCUUGACCUCUGACCCCACGUACAGAUCAAGCAAUCCCAGCAGCCUGCAGAUGGCUCAGCUCUGGGCAUCACAUGCCCAUGAAGGUUACCCUCCGCUGCCCAGCAGCCUGUACUCCAGCCCUUAUAUGUCACUGGGACACCUUGAUCCCCCCUCGCUCUCUCAGCACCCGCUCUAUGAUUCACACAAAGAGGCGUUUUACCUGCCGGCCUCCCUCAGCCAGUCCUCUGUCCACCCGACUGCCCCCUCCAGCUCUACACCCCCUCAGAGGAUGAAUCGGGAUUGCGGAAGAGACCGUCUCUACCAAAGGGAAAGGGAGAAGGAAAAGGAGCGGGAAAGAUUGAGAGAGGAGCAGCGACCGCACAGUGUGGUGGACCUGACGCAAGAAGGGAGGAGCGAGGAAGACCGCAGGGCGAGGAGUGGAGACCGGGACAGAGAAAGGGACAAGGAGAGGGAACGAGACUCGGACAGAGACAGGGACAUUUUGUCUUUUCAUCCUCACCUUCACCAGCAGAAAUCACACUCUCACUCCUCCUCUAUGGUGGAGCACCGGUCCAGGCCGUCUCCUCCACAGCCCUCUAUUGCUCCAGGUGGAGGCUUAAGCAGGCUCCACCUACCAGAGACUGACAGGGCGGGGCGGGAGGAGGACGGCAGCUCCCGACCUCAUCACAAUCAUAACUCAAAUCAUAACUCGAACUCUCAAUCUGACAGACUGAGGAAGAGUGACUCUGCCGCUGCAUCAGUCGGGGGUCUCCAUUUGUCCUACGGCCUGCCCCGCGGGCUGCAGCCGUCCGUUCUGCCCCACCCUUGCACACCCAGAGAUUCUUUCAGAGAGCAGAGAGUCAGUGCCCCGACGUAUGUGCCUUCUGUGGAGGUUUAUGACGAGCAGGUCGGGCCCAUCCAGAUCGCCUCUCAGGCCCGUGACAAAUACAGAGAACGGGAACGAGAGCGCGAACGGGAGAGGGAACGAGAACGCGAACGUGAACGGGAGAGCGACAGGGUGAGAGAGAGCUUUAGGUUUCCCGAGAGGAGCCUCCCAGAUCACCCUCGACUCUCCCAAACCGGCGAUUUGAGCAAUCAGAGAGAAGAAGGUUCUGUCAUUUGUUCCAAUGGUUCCGUUGGAAGACGAAGUCAGGACGUGUCUUACUGUUCCAGUCAAUCAAGGUUCAGCCCAGAAAGUAGGGACAUCUCGAAACACUCAAUGAGAUUGAGCGUCGAGCGGGCAGGGGUGGAGCCUAAGUGGAAUAACAUCAGUCCGUUGGCUAACUAUGCUACUAGUCACAUGGCUGCGCUGGCAGCACAGCACGGACACACACUUCCCUCACCCCACAGCCAACCCACACAAACACAGAUGUCCCACUCCCCUCAGACAACUCACCGGUCCGUUGCAAAUGCACACUCCCACAACCAUUCUCCACAGACGCACACGGGGUCUGGGCCCGGCGAGGAGGGGAGUCAACGACGCUACCUAGACCCGACGGCUCUCUACCGACCCGGAUCACUGGUGGGAGGUUCAAGCGGUGGGGACGGAGGCGGGGGCUCUGAGCCCCCGGAGGUGUCAGCCAUGCAGAGUCUAAUCAAAUACAGUGGGAACUUUGCCGCUGAAGGCCCUGGGUCGUCCAGACACGCCACAGAUGGGAGAGUGCCCUUCGGCGGCCUGGGUAGCAUCGUCAUGGACGCUGAAAGAGAAAAGGAGCGAGAGCGGGAGAGGGAGAGAGACAGAGACAGAGAGAGGCUGGCGGUCGGCUUGAGUGGCCCGGGGUCAUUAAGGGUACCUCCUGCGCUCAAGAGAGAACAGGAGCGGCCGGACAGCGCCCGUUCCUUUGGCCGUGAGGGCGAGGGCGAAGUGCGCCACCCUCCGGUUGGCAUUGCUGUAGCGGUGGCGCGGCAGAGGGACAGUGGGAGCUCCGGCAAAACAACAAGUGGGCCUCCAGAGACACAGCGACCCCUACUGCAAACGGCUAUUAAAGAUGAGGAGCGUGUGGAGGAGCGAGCUCAUCAUCGUGACGACAGAUUGUUAGCCAGUCGACUGGAACGAGAACAGGAGAAAGUCCUCCGAGAGCCCAAAGAGCUGGCGGAUUAUACCCAGAUGCACCCUGCUCCUUUGUCUGGUGGCCUGACACCCAGUAUGAUGACACCCAGUCUCAUGACCCCCAACCUUAUGGUGACGGGGUCAGGGCGAUGGCCUCCAGACCCAUCAACUCUGACCUCUCACCCCUGGAUGCCCCGGCCUGGUGCUCCCCCAGUCUGGCUGUCCAGCUCACCAUACAGUCUGGGACCGUCCUCACUCCAUCAGACUCUCCCUCCAGGCUACCCACCCUCUCUUCCAGGCUCCUUACCCCCAUCAUACCAGUUUGCCAGGGACCCACAGUCUGGACAGCUCAUAGUCAUCCCUACUGAACACCUGCCACACUACGGCGGCGACGUGCUGGAGCGCGGGCCCCCAGUGUGGUCGAGUGUGUACGGUACAAGCAGCUCAUUGCAACACGCGGCCCAACUCCAGCUCCUCUCUCAGCACCAGAUGCUUCGGCAGCAGGAGCUGCUCAUGAUCCAGCAGCACGCGGCACAAGUACUGGAGUUACAAAGGAACGCACAGCUCGUCGAGCGCUUAAAGGCCAGUGAGCAUCGAUCAGAAAUGGAAGACAAAGCAGACAAGCGGAAUACGGAGCCCAAACCCAGACCCUCCUCCAUAUCUUCUCCAUCACCCUCCCCUGUGCUGCAUCCUCGCAAGCCACCUCCUCACUCUCGUUCACCCACCCCGUCCACGUCUUCCCGUACCCUGCUGCCUCCACUCCCCUCAGCUGUGACCACCCUCAAGUCUGAGGAGGGGGGACAGAGAGUUCUGGUACCCUCGCCGGUGCCCUUGCCUCACCCGCCUUCCCCUCGCUCAGCAUCUCCACCCCCGUUGUCGCCACGGCAGCCUAAACAGGAGACAGCAGAGGAGGAGGAGGAGAUGGGCCGGAGGGAGCAGAGGGAGAGACGGAAGUUGGGCUCUACUCCUUUUCAGGGAAUUUUCUCAGAUGUUCCUCAGGGCUACCCAUACCAGUCUCUCGCUCCCCAGUUUGGCUCAUCUUUCCCACCAUACCACAUCCCCACAGCCACGACAGCAAACGCUGACCUGGCCCUGCACCACCGCUCCUCACCCUCGGCCGUGCCCGAGCCCUCGGCACAUCUCCAUUCUAGGCUUAUUGAAAGAGACGUCAAGGCACAGAAACCAGAACCAUCAAAAACAGGGUGUUUUCUCAAACAAGAACCUGACGUGGAGCGGUCUCCGCCGAACAUCCGUCAGGAGCCUCGGCCGCCCCUUUGUCAGAGCUGCAGCCCUAUAGGAGCCACCCAGGACAGGCACAUAGACGAGGAAGCUCCCAAGCCUCAGCCACUACCUCUGUACGUCCCCAGCCUUUUACCACAUCAAGACGAAAAACUGGAAGACGUCAAAGAGGACGAGAAGGAAGCAGGCCAAAUAAAAAUGGAAGUGUUAUCGUACUCGUGUCAGGCAGCGUUUCCUUUACCUCCUCCACUCACAGAAGCCGAGGCCAAACCACAGGACAUCAAGGAGGCCGAGCGGACGCCGUAUUCCCCGUGCAUCACUGCAGAGCCACACUGCCAGGAGUCUGACCGGAGUCACAGUGACCUACUAGAGCGGACCGCCAGUUCUGUGUGCGAACAGGAACGUCACCAUGACACUCCACGCGACUCGCACACUCCCAGUCAGAAAGAAAUCAGUGCAGAGACUCAGGUUUCUCCCGCUGUCAUGUCCAACUCCCCACUCCCGCUGGUCACUCACGCUGAGGAUCCGAUGAUGGGGUUGUUCACCCUGUUGACCGCUUGCGAGAUGGCCAACCAGAGCCGUUCCGAAACGCCACCUGCUCCUAUACUCCUACCUCAGGUAGAAAUCCUUGCUGCCGGUGCAGAUUGUAGCAGUGCAGGGAGUCUGGAGAUGGUGGCGCUGGAGGGCAUGGCCCUGCUCGCCCAAAUGACCCCCAGAGACGUGGAGCAAAUCAGCCUGGAGCAAGAUUCAGAAAUUGGGAGUCUGGACUGUCUUCUCGAAGCAAGCAAAACAAUCCUGUUAGAGGCGAUAAAGGAACAGUCCCACAUUAAUCUUCCCAGAACACUGGAUCCCAAUAAGAAGUACAGCUGGAGGCAGAGGAAGGAAGAGCCGCUGUAUGGUAAAAUGUCUGACAUUUUGGAUGCAGUGGAGGUGGAGUACCGUGUCCAACUGGCGGAGAUACAGAAGACGUAUAAAGAGAGACAGCGGGAGCUGAGCAAGUUGCAGAGACGCAGAGACAAGCACGAGCGACAUCAGCAAGAGGAUGAGAGGCGGAGUCUCACCAGACGGGGCAGAGGGCGACCGAGGAAGAGAAAACAAUUGACCACGCCCACUAAAGUGGAGAGCCGACCUGGAAAGUUGUUGAGUAAGAGAGUGCAAUACUCUGAUGACUCUGAAAAUGGGGAAGGACAGAGAAAGAGGUUCCGUUUGUCCAGGGAAGAGGAAGCGACGGAAACAGGAAGUGGAGGAGUGAUGCAGAAGAAGAAGAAAAAGAAGAAGAAGAGCUGGAUCGACCAAGAGCUGUCCAGCAGUCACCCUCUGGAGGCGCUGAAGGCGAAGCGCAGCCACAUGUGUGAGCAGGAGCAGCUGGCGUCGGAUCUGGACAGAGCUCUGUCACUGUCUCAGCUGAGCUCCCUGGGCGUGUCCUGCAAACUGACCUCUAACCCGAAGUCAGAAAAGUCAAAGGUCAAGACAGCGGAAAGUCGGAAUAAGGAGCGAGCCGUUCAUUCUUCUUCUGUCAAAGGGGGGAAACACAAGACGGCAGCCAAGGCGGCCGUUUCAGAGACUGUCCCGAAAGUGAAAGGUCAGAAGAAGACAUCUUUGUUCUCACCUGUGAGGUCAGAGUUCAGCAGCUGCUCCAACAACUCAGACUCAGAGGAGCACAGUUCGGAUCGAAGGGGCUGGCCCCCUCUCUCAGGGACACAUUCCCACGGUAACCCGACCAGAAAGCGGCGCUCCGCAUCGUCGCCGACGUCCCUGCUGUCCAGUCAGAGGUCUCAGAAGAAGAAACACAAGCACUUAUCUCUGCUGCUGCAGGAGGCAGACCUCAGCUCCUCUGACGACUCCUUCGACCAAGAAACUUCAGAUGAUGACGACGAAGAAGAUUCUGAGUCUGACGAUGGCGGCUGCGAGGAGAGCGGGUUGGGUAUGCUGGCCAGGUUCGCAGCGAGCGCGAUCCCUGUCAGCUCCGCCCCACUGACCCUCCUCCACGACGGCAAACACCGCAGCAGGCCAAACACUCUGGGUUCAUCUGAAUGUGAGUGGUCAGACUCUGGCUCAGACCUGCGGCUGAGGAAGUUCCCCUCUCUGCUCCAUGGUAAACGCUCUGCCCCAGAGCUCCCCCUCCUCCCGCCAGUGUCCCGGCGAAGCGAGCAGACCAGCCCCAACAAACGAGAAGAAGCACUUGUAGCCAAACGCAAGCCUCUGCCCAAGCCACGCCCCUCGCCUCGUUCUCCCCGACGGUUCAGCUUUGACCUGAGCAGCUCCGGGUUCGGGGGCUUCAGCGAGGACGAAUCGUGGAAUCGACGGCGCAGCGAGAGGAUUUUCCUGCACGAUGCCUCCACCUCAGCCAAUCAGAUUUCAGUCUCGUCCUCUGGUUCAACCAAUCAGAACUCGUCCCCUUCCUCUUCCUCUUCUUCCUCCUCCUCUUCUUCCUCCAGCCCAGCAGCACCGCUCACCCAAAAACCAACCCCUAGACCCAAACCCAGUCAGCCCAGCAAAGAGGGGAAAGAUUUGGUGAAGAAAAAGAAGCUGAAGGACUCUCCUCCUCCUCCUCUGCCCGUGAGCCCGUCCAACAACUGCAGUCCAAUCACGGAGAGCCCUGGGCCACUGAGCCUCAGCCCUGCGCGCAAGAGCCAACCAAAAGCCAAGGCCAGGUCCAGAGAGACUUCCAGGGGAGCAGUCAGCCGCCUGAUGGAAAGCAUGGCAGCAGAUGAAGACUUUGAGCCCAACCAGGACAGCAGCUUCAGUGAGGACGAGCUGGUGCCUCCGCGCAGCCUCAGUGUUCCGGAGAGAUCGUCUUCACCAGCUCCGGUGCAGUGUGUGUUGGACAAAGACUCUCUGGUGGAUGGACUUCGAGUUCUGAUCCCAAUGGAUGACCAGCUCCUGUACGCUGGACACGUGAACACCGUGCACUCCCCUGACAUAUAUAGUGUGGUGGUGGAGGGAGAGCGAGGGAACCGACCACACAUCUACUGUCUGGAGCAACUGCUGCAGGAAGCUGUAAGUGAAAACCUGAGGCCUGAACCUGAGCUGCUCUCAACAGUUAGAUUUAAACUUAAAAGAAAACAGAAAUACCGCUGCCUUUCCCCCGCCACUGUAGUCAACGGAAGUCCAGAUAUUGAUGAAAAUGACGAUCUGAUCACGGUGGAGUUUGAUGACGGCGACACCGGUCGAAUCCCUCUCUCUCACAUCAGACUGCUGCCUCCAGACUACAAGAUCCACUGCGCUGAACCGUCUCCUGCCCUGCUGGUGGCGAGCUGUUCCAGGAGGAGGGUCCGCAAGUGCAGCAAAGAAGCGGGAACAAAGACGGAGGAGACGACGCCGAAGAUUAAAGGGAAACCUGGUCGAAAGCCCAAACCCAAACCUGAGGCUUCCUUGAACCCAGAUAGCCGAGAGAAAUCUGAUCCUCCGCCUUCCUCCACCCAGUUGGCAGAGAGACCCCAGGCUCCGGCUAAGCCCACCCUGGACAGGAGCUCCUCUGUUCAGAAAGUGAGUCAGGAGAAGCCGCGUCCCGCAUCCAGGCCAACAAUAGGAGCGCAGUCAAAACCAGGCCGUAAAAGCUCCAACACAUCCCCCACGAGAAGCCCUUCUCUACACAACCCGCUGCCCAGGAAGAACAGCUCGGGCCAGUCGUCCGUGUCUAAAGCUGCCCGCGCUCUUCCCCCCUCCCUCUAUCCGUCUACUUAUGGAAAAGUCCUGACUGUGGACCUGUACAGUGAACCAAACCUCAGCUCCUACAACAACCAGCGCAGGGAGAGCGGCAGUAGCAUCAGUCCCACCACCAGUAGACCCAUCUCCAGACCCAUGUCGACAUCUAAUAUACCCAGGGGCAGCACUUCCUCCACCCCCAGACCCUCGUCCACCUCCACACCCAAAAUCAAAUCCUCCUCAGACCAUCACAGCAGCUCCAGACCCGGCCUCGGCUCAGGACUCUUGCCCAGUCCCAUUUCCCGGCCUUUAACAAGUAAAUCCAGCUCUUCUUUGGGCCCUCGACCAUCGCCCUCAUCAUCUGGGCCCAGGCCGCAGCUCAAGAUGCCGUCGGACCAGCUGAGCUCCGGCUGCAGACCCAAACCCAGCCCAGGCCAGAGUGACGGGGGCUCGUCAGUCAGGCGGAAGUCCCUGUCCGCAGAGCCCCUGGUGAAGCUGGACCAUGAGGGGGUCACCUCUCCAAAGACAAAGAAGACCAAGGCUCUGAUGCUGUUAGAGGGACGAGGCAUCAGGCGAGACCCCACCCCCAUCACCACCACCUCGGCCAAUCAAAAACUGAUGAAAGAAAAGCUGAGAGCUCCGGAGAGGGACAGUAACCUGUCUGAAAAAGACUCCAACUACAAGUCAGCCGUGCUGUCCAAGGAGAAGACAGACGGGCGUGGGAGUGUUGGAAGAGGACAGGAGAUGGACGGCAGAGAGGAGACGGUCAAGAAGGAGGAACGAAGCGACGUGGAGAAAAGGAAGGAACGUACGGUGAAGGAAGAGUCGCAGAGCAGCAGUAGCUCAGAGUCGGAGGAGGAAAGUGAGAAAGGAAAGAUGAAGAAAAAGAAGAAAUGCUCCUCAAGCUGCACUUCCUCCUCUUCAUCCUGCUCCGGUUCCUCUUCAUCCUCCUCCUCGUCUUCAUCUUCAUCCUCAUCUUCGUCCACUGACGACUCCUCGUGCAGCUCAGAUGAAGAGAGGACUCCCACUCCUCCCCUGCCUGCCUCCCCACCCGCGGCUCAGACCAAGGUGAAAGAGGAGUCCAAGGAGGAAGAUGAUGUGAAAAAGGAGGUGGAGUUAAAGGUGGAGGAGGAGGAAGAGGAGCUGUCACCUCCCUCACACUCUCCAUCACAUUCUCCCUCGCAGUCUCCCUCACACUCUCCCUCUCAGUCUCCCUCUCAGUCUCCCUCUUGAAUCGCCUCUCCCACCCCGGCUGCUUCUCCCACUAAACCUACUAAACCCACCACUGGGAAAGGCUCUGGUCAACGAGGACGUCCCCCGAAGCCCAAGCCCACUGGAGGAGAAGGAAAAGUGGGGAGGCCAAAGAGGAGAGAGGGGGUGCACCUCCCCACCACCAAGGAGCUGGCUAAACGUCAGAGGCUCCCCAGUGUGGAGAACAGGCCCAAAAUCUCUGCCUUUCUUCCAGCCAGGCAGCUUUGGAAGUGGUUUGGGAAACCAACCCAGAGACGUGGUAUGAAGGGCAAGGCUAAGAAGCUCUUCUACAAGGCCAUCGUUCGAGGCCGAGAGAUGAUCCGCAUCGGCGACUGUGCCGUGUUCCUGUCCGCCGGCCGACCCAACCUGCCCUUCAUCGGACGCAUCCAGAGCAUGUGGGAGUCCUGGGGCAGCAACAUGGUGGUCCGAGUCAACUGGUUCUACCACCCAGAGGAGACCAACCCAGGCAAAAAACUCACCGACAAGAAGAACUGGGAUCAGAUGUGUGGUCAGUCUUUACCAGCAGCUCUGCACUCUUCUAUCCAGAGGAAAGACUUCAUGGAGCGCGCCCUGUACCAGUCGUCUCACAGCGAUGAGAACGACGUGCAGACCGUCAGCCACAAGUGCCUGGUGGUCAGCGUGGAGGAGUACGAGCAGAUGACGCACACGCGUCGUUACGCCGACAGCGAAGACCUCUACUACCUGGCCGGCACCUACGAGCCCACCACGGGCAUGAUCUUCAACACGGAUGGCGUCCCGGUCAUAUGUUAACAACGAAGGUUGUGAUGUGACUCCGUACCUCUGGACCUCAGUCGGUGAUCGAGGGUCGAACGAGGUCGACCGCUGCGGCUCCCGGCCGUUACAGCUACUACACAGACGGGAGACACUACAGACAGCACUGACAGUCGUGUUCCUUCUCUGACAUUUGCACACAGACUCCAUCGAACACACACUGUUUCACAGGACACACACACACACACACCUGCUUCAUUCUUCUUAUAAAUGUAAAUAAACGCUGCAUCAACGCCCACAUAUUUACAGUCACACAGACACACAUGUAAAUAUUCACUAACACACACACACACACACACACACAGUAUGAUGAGGCAAAUCUGAGUGUUUUAUAUUCCUGUAAUAGAUUUAAGUCAGAGGACUUUUUACUAAACAGAGGUAAACAGUGGAGAAGCUUUAAUGAACUGUGAAUGAAGAGACAGGACAGACGAGCUGUGUCUGUCCAUCUGUCCCCUCUGCCCCCCCCGACCCCCGACCCCAUGUCUCACCCCAGCUCUGUGCGGACAGACGGACAGACAGACAGACAGACAGACACGUGUCGGUGAUGUGGUGUUGUGAUUCUGACGUUGCUGUGAUGUUUCAGUCAUGUUACACUUGUACAGAUGUAUCUAUAGAACAGCAGGAGCGACACACGGAUGCAAAAAGAGAAAAAAUGAGAUGCACAGAAAGAGAGAGAAAGAGAGGUAGAGACUCCCUCCAUUACUGUUAAGAAGAGCACUUAAAAAAAAAAACUUCAGAGUGAGUCCUCCUGACAAAUGCUUCUCUAAUCCCACGUGACAAUCCUACGUCGGGCAGGAAAACUGUCCGUUUGAGGCUAGAAUUUUCGACUCCCUCAGACUCAGGCUGAAAAGAGAGAGAGAGAAAGAGAGGAAGGAACCGCGUGCCGUCAACGACACUUUUCAUUUCAGUGUUUGAUUUCGUUACCUUACAGGGGAAAAAUCCACCCAGUGAAUCAAACCCCCGCGUCUGGUCAAAGAUUUCUGCUUAGUUUGUUGUUUUGCCCAUUUUGCACUGAGGUUGAAGACGUGCUGCCUGUCGGCCAUUUCUCCUCAU